AUGCCGCACGUCGACCUCCCCGAUGGCAGCGCCUCGCUGUACUACGAGCUGCACACGGCGACCGGCCGGCCAGACCUGGCCAAGCCGAGUCUGAUCCUCGUCGCGCCGUCGUGGGGCAACGUCCUCCAGCUCAAGGACUAUGUCGCCGCGUUCAAGAACGACUACUCGGUGUGCUGCAUCGAGCCCCGCAGCCACGGCCGCACUCGCAACACGGUCACGCCGUCGUACGACUACUUCGUCGCGGCCGCCGACCUCGCGUUCGCCAUGGACGCGCUGCAGCUGCCGCCGUCACACGUCUUUGCCGCCGGCGUUCAAGCCUUCCAGCCCGCCCUCAAGAUGUCGAUCAUCUUCCCCGACCACGUCCUGUCGCUGUCGCUCGUCGGCCUCUCGUCCGCCUUUGCCCUCCCGCGGCACAUCAACGAGUUCCGCGAGGUGGGCGAGGCGUGGGCCGCGCCCGAGGACGAGUCGAUCUGGGCAGAGUGCGUUGAGGCGAUCGGCCAGUUCGUCCUGACCGAGUGCGAGGGUCGCGAGAAGGUCUGGGACACGGUCCUUCCGCCGCUCGUUCGGCACUACAACCCGUACAAGGCGCGCAACGUGUGGAUGUCGACGGCGCCCAACCAGACCGUGUCCAAGAUCACGCCCGAGCUGCUCGCCGGCAUCCGGCAGCCUCUCUUGCUCAUCCAGGGCGAGGCCGACAUGUGCUACCCGGCCGAGGACGUCGAGGCACUCGCGCAGCACUUUACCGGCUCGAAGGACCUGCGCUUCCGCAUCGAACCCGGCGCACCACACCUCCUCGCCCUCACGCACGCGCCCGCCGUCAUCCCCCGCAUGCGCGACUUCCUCGCCGCCCAUUCCGCCAACCCUCCCGCCAUUAUCCCUCUCGACGCUCAACGCGCUCUCGAGCGGGCCGCACGCAUCGUCGGCAACCCGGCCGUCGCCGAGCGGGAUCCUGCGUCGCCGCUCUCGUUCUGCCUGCUCAAGCCCGACGAGUUUGCGGCCGGCAAGGCCAAGCUCGAGCACGCGUUCGCGCAGGAGCAGGCGUGUAGGCUCGACCUGCCGAUGUGCUUCGAGAAGGACGACUGGGAGAAGGGCGCCGACCAGCAGCGCAGGUGGACGUGGACGGGCCGGGUCGAGUACGCGCGGCGGCACGAGGCGGCACGACCCAUCUCGACGACCUCGUUCGGGAGCGGCAUCGCCGUCGAGGUGCAGCAGUCCGAGGUGACGGAUGGCCCGAGCAGCCCCAUAACGAGUGCGACGGCGUCGAUGAAGGCGACGGCGCUCAACGGCGGCGACGACGACGACGACGAGGGCGUCCCUCCCCCUCUCCCGAGCAAGAUUCGAGUUUGAGUUUCUCUCCCUCUGCAGCCACCUUCUCCUCCGGGUGCCACCCUCUUGUUGUACUCUCGCACGCAACCUUUGUCACGAACCUGCAACUACUCAGUCACCUCCUCGUGCC